GACAUAAACUCCUCCAAUGUGGAAAGCAAAAUCCCAAAAGGGCCAAGCCUUGGUUAGCAAGAAACUCCCCGUCUCAUAUCUUUUGCUCAUUCGCUGUGUAAAGCCUGUGUCCUCCUUCAGUCUUCUUUCAGUAGCCCUUUCAAACUCAUCGUAGUCUUACUCCAAAAGCGUCUCUCUCUCUGUCUCUCUCUCUCUAAGUCUUCUUCGUCUUCUUCGUGUUGACAUGGCGAAGCUGAAGAUUGCUGGGACAUGGACGGGUGUUCUGGAGGUGGAAUUAGAGGUCUGGACCGUACCCAUGUUGAGAGAAGAGGUUUCCAAGCGAUCCAACUGCGGACCCGAUUCCAUCAAUUUGAUAUGCGCAGGGAAGGUCUUGAAAGAUGGCGAUGGAAACGAGAAGCUGAGCCGUUUGGGUAUAAAAAAUAAUGCCAAAAUCCUUGCCACUCGGGUCUCUGCUCAGGAGGGCAAGUCCUUAAAGGAGGAGUUAAUGGCUGAAGAGGAACGCUCUCGCAGACUUUCCCGCGUUAAGGCAGCGGCUACAGCGCUGGCCAAAAGACAUUCAGAUGGUUCUCUGCCAGUUGAAGACUUCAACAUAGAACUUGAAAAUCAAAGUGGAUGCCAAGUACAGUUAGGAAGUGAGACUGAUCGGAGUGCAAUUAUGAUGGGCUUGAUGCUUCAUACAAAUGCCAAGCAGCUAAUUAAGAAGCAAAACUACAAAGAUGCAUUGGAAGUGCUUACCAUGGGAGAGGAAUCAUUCUCUCUAUGUGAUCCAAAGGUCAUUGAGUUUGUUGAUAAUCCCUCAAUACUUCAAAUAGACAUGGUUUGGUGCUAUUUUAUGCUCCGAGACAUUUCGCAGCUCUCAGUGGCAGGAGCACGCCUUGAGAAAGCUAGAAGAGAAAUUGAACGGGCUCAUGGAAAGGACUUCUCUCGAGUCAGACUUCUCCAAGGAGGCCGCUAUCCAGAGCUUGCACUACAUUUGAGGCUGGAGCUGCUGGAAGGUGUGGUAGCCUAUCAUAGUGGUCAGUUUGAUAAAUCAAGGAAGGUGUUGACCUCUGCACAGGCAAAGCUUAUCCAGCUGCAGGUGCCAGAUGAAGCCCUUUCGCUGGUUAUGAGCAUGGGCUUUAAAGAACAUGAAGCUAAGCGGGCGCUACGAAUGACUAAUCAUGAUGUUGGAGGUGCAGUUGAUUUUCUUGUUGAGCAGAGGACUAAGAGAGAGCAGCAAAGGGAAGAGGAUACUCGGCGAAGAAAUGAAAUCAUGGAGCAAAAGAAGUAUGGAGUCACACCUUUAAAGAAAGCCGUGGAUCUUCAAAGAUUAAAUGAGUUGGUCACUGUUGGGUUUGAGAAGGAUCUUGCAGCUGAAGCCCUCCGAAGAAAUGAGAAUGACAGUAAUAAGGCAUUGGAUGAUUUGACGAAUCCAGAGACUAAUUCUUCCAUACAGCUUUCCAUUGAAUCAAGGAAAAGGAAAAGACAGAAGCAAAAAACGGAUGCUUCAGUUCAGACUCUUGUAAGCAUGGGCUUUGAAAGAUCAAAAGUGGUCAAAGCUUUUGAGGCGGGUGGGACUAUGGAGCAAGUAAUGCAACAGCUGCUAUCAGAAUCUUCGUCAAGCAAUACUGCUGAUAACAAUAUCCAAUCCGAGGCAAUGCACACAGAUGCUGGUAAUAAUAUUGCAAACUCCUCUGUUUCAGCACUGACAGAUUUAGGUGAAAACGAAGAUGUUGGAGGUCCAUCAACUGCUGCUGGGGUAGAAGACCGUGAUGCAGAAAUGGAGGAUGAACUUGCUGAUGAACUAGCAAACGCGGAUGCUAUUUCAGACUAUGACAUUGAAAUUACCAAAGAAGGUGAAGCCAUAAGCGAGUACUUGGCUUUGCUGGAUUCAGCAGGCAAAUAGUGAAAAUUCAUCGUCUCCUGAAAGUGAACAUGGCUCUGGGAAUGGUGUAAAGUUGAUCAUAUGUUAGUAUAAUAUUGGUUUAUAUUUGAAAAGGUGAUAGGGUGUAGUAGUAAUCUCUGGGUAAAGCUUUAAUGCAUUGGCUAAAGUUGGCACAAAUAUAAGAUGAAGCUUUCCACUUGAGCCUGGUUAAUCUAUAUAAUGAUUAUUUAAAA